AUGGCGCCGCGCCCAUUCUCCUGGUGUACUUGCGGCAACUGGACCUACAACUUUCGCCUGCUGCACAACGGCGGGAUGUGCGGCAAGUGUGGUGCGAAGGUCACGCUAUUCCAGCCCGACGUUGCGGCGGCGAAAGGCAAAGGUAAAGGAAAGAAAGGCAUGCAGGGCAUCAAGGGCGGCCAGGGCGAGGCUACGCCGACUUGGAACAACACCGGAGGAGGCAAAGGCCCUUACCCGUGGUCCAAGGAGCCUGACGUCUCGCAGAUGCUCGCCAUCCUCUCGAACGUCCCCGCCCUCGCGGCGCACGCCGACGUGUUCCGCCAGGCUGGCACUUCCUUCAAGGCGAGCAAGGCGAAACCUGUGUCGCCAAACCAGGAGGUGUACCGCAGCAACCAGACUUUGGAGAAGAAGGAGAUGGCGUUCCAGAAGGCCUCGGCGGACGUCGUCAAGCUGGAAUCGGCUCUCCAGGAGGCGAAGCUGUGGCUGCGCCAGACGGCGGAGGAGGCCCUCUCCGCAAAACGGGCCCACAACAUUGCUGUCAAGGCCCUCGCGGACUCCACGGGCGCGGCCAAGACGCAGGACGGCUACACCGCAGACGGCAAGAAGAUCUACCUGGCGUUGGGCGAGUUCGACUUCGCAGCCAGCGACGAGUUCGACGACACCCAGAAGACGCAGCUCCAGGCCAUCCAGACGCAGGUGGAGGAGCACUGCAAGCAGGUGGCAGACCUCCAGAAGACGAUGCAGGAGGCGCUCAAGAGCGUCAAAGAGAUCCGCGCAGCCCCAGCGAAGCGGCAGCGUGGCCAGGACGGCGCCGUCCCUGGCCCAGGCGCAGCCGAAGCCGAAGGCCCUGACGAAGACCAGGCACCUGCUGCAGCGGAGGACGGCCCCAGCUUCGCAGCCUCAGAGAGCGACAUCGCCGCCAAGAUCGCGAGCGCCAGGGAAGCCACGCUGGCCAACAUGGGCGACUUCCCUCCCCUGGGCACUGGCAAUG